CAUGCAAUUGUCCUAUCACUUUUAAUAAUAUUAUGGUGUAUGCGCCAUGUUGGUGUUGUUUUUUUGCAGGUAUUUGUGAAUGGCAUCAAAGUGGAAGAUUCUGCAGCUCUAAGCCUCAAUGACAGGCUGCGCUUUGGCUACAGCCACACAACAUACACCAUCGAGUUGGCACCAUCUGCUUUCAACACCGUCCAACUGCAGCUGGAGAACUUACGAGCGCCUGAUCUAAACCAGUCACACGGUCACAUCAAUGCAUCAAGCCCCGUUCCGGCAGCGUCUUCCCCGCUCAGUUCUGCUCAAAGUACUCACACUUCUCUAACCGAGACUGUGAAGAGAUCGCUGUCCUCCACACCAGUACCGCCGUACGCCGCAUCGGUUCUCUCGCAGGCCAGCAGUACACCAGUGCAGCUCACUUCCGCCGUACAGAGAUACACUGCAGCUGAGGCGAAUUCCCCGCAGCCAAUGACUGACACAUCGGUGUUGCUGACUGACAGGAAUGAACUCAGCUCAAUCCCAGUGACCAGCAGUAAAGAAAGCCAUCAAAACGGUGCCUCUGCAAAUGGUUGCAGUGCAUUGUAUGGCGUGCCAGAUUGGUGGGGACAGGGAGAGAGCAACGUGGCAGAAAUCCACAGCGUUCAACGAAAGCCGGUACAUGUCGCCAGCGGUGGUGACACCUCUUCCAGCAGCCAGUCCCGUCAUCGGUCUGUUCGUGGCCGGUCCAACACGAUAUCUGCGGACAAGGCCGAGACAAGCAAGCACUCCUCUACUCUGAAACUUCCUGCACGUGCUGGCAGUUGUCGCCGCUCAGCAACCCCUGAUGCACCGGCAAAGAGAGCUAGCGGCAAUGAUCUUUCUUCAGCAUCAAUGAGGCGCACAAGCAGCCUCAGGUUGUCCAAGGAGGACAGGCCGAAUCCGCAAAACCUGAAACACAAACGUGCAGAAUCUACCGAUGUAGAGGCGUCUAAGACUGUCAAGGUGCCAUCCACUGAAAAGUCUGCAGCCAAGCGGCAAGCCAGUCCUGCACCACUCCGUGAGAACGCCACAGUAGCAUUGCGGCGGGCAGCCAGCGCCAAGAAAGCGGCCGCCAGGGAUGCUGAAGUUGCUGCGGCGGCUGCAGCACAAGAGCGGCGUACAUCUGGAACACGAGCAUCGCGCAAGUCACGGGCCACGUCGGUCCGGGCAACCUCGGAUGCCAGCAGCACAGCCAGCCAGUCCUACUCACCCAAACCAGCACGCUUACCAUCACCCAUGGAGGACACACACAAAGCUGGUAAUGGCAGCAAAGGAGUGGACUCUGCAAGCAAACAGAAGGUGCCAAGCCGCUCGGCUUCGGUCAAGCUGCCAUCCUCAAACUCUUCGUUGCCUGCCAGUUCAUCACCCAGCACCAGGGUGAAGUCACAGGCAGAAAAGCGCUCUCCGCGUCACCCUCUGCGUGCCGUACCUCUACAGUCGUCUUCUUCAUCUUCACUGUCCUCCUCCUCGCCAUCACCAGCAACAAAGCGACACAGUGCAGAGCUGGCCCCAGCACCCGCAGCUGCAGCGGUUAAGCCACGUGCACGGUCUCCAUGGAGAUCGAUUAGAGAUCAAGCACGUAAGAACAUCAACACUCAGGCAAGCGCCACAGCUGACUCGGCGGAUAUCAUAUUCAUGACCUCGCCGGCAGCAGCAGAGCAUGGUCCAGCAUCAACAUCACACGGCGAACAAAUCGAGGAUAAAGGUGCUGCUGCUGUGACCACUCAGUCAGAAUCAUUGCAGAGUGAUGUGCCAGACAAUGAUACAGCCAUGCAAGGCAGUGGCAGUGAUGUUUGGCAAACCGGCUCAGAUCAAGACUCGUUGGCCAGCAAUGCAGCCGUCGGUAGCGGUUCAGCCGGUGACCUGCAGCUAUCCGUGUCUGAACUCAGCCUAUCGGCAGUCAGCUCCAAUACAUCCGUGGAGUCCGCAAGCCUGGAUCCUUCCCCUACCAGUGAAGCAAUUGAGGAGCCUGCUGCAUCCAUUCAGGUAGCUCCAGCAGCAGCAGCAGCAUCUCAGCUACCGCCUCCAAACAGAAAGCUGGCCUUUUUGACCGAGGUGGAUGAUGAUGUUGAUGGCGGGGUUUGUACAGUCUGCAGUGGCAUGCCGCAGUCUACCUGCACAUGUAGUGGGGGUGCUGCUAGCCAAGAUCAUGCACUGCUGCCAGUACAGCAACAUGCCAGAAGUUCACCGCAUCAGCCUGCUGGUGCUGUUUACGGACCGGCACCAUGUCUGGCAGAGAACGAACUUCUAGGAGUGGAUACGGUGUCCGAUUUGGCUAGUGAAGACUCGUCAGCAUUGGUCAGCUUGGCACCGUCACGUCGACAGUGGAACAAGAUGGAGAAAAUGGAUGGUCUCAUUGUGUCGUCGCUGCUAGUGCUGUCCGAUCGGCUGCAGGAUGCAUCAGUGGAUAUGUGUGCACAUGCAAGGGAGGUGAGGGAUUGGCAAAGGCAGCAGGAUCAUGGAUCAGACUCCCGAAUGACGCCCAUCAACGGGGACGCGCAGUCGGAUCGAAUAGAUCAGAUAUUCAACGGUGUAUCUCCGUUCCCCGACAGUACCCUGUAUCCACCGUGGGGCGCUGAACACCAGGACAUGGCUACAAUCAUGCGCAACCUACGUCUGGCUGAGUCCCGCGUAAAAGCUGUGACGGAACUGCUCCAAACACUUCCUAAAGCCCAUACUGACUCUUGAGCCCUGCAGGCUGUGGCUAACAUCAACUGACUGUACUGAUACUGAGUCUGUAGUACUCGUCUUUCUUAGCCAUGCAUGGCUUCAACGCUUGGUGCCAAUGGUGGUGCAAUCCGCUGCCACAGUUUUUUUUCUCUACAAAAUCCACAUAUCUCCAGACACUGGGGUGAAUAAUGGAGCGUGGUCACCAUGGUCACAGUCCACAGCAUGUGUGAUUAUUCCACCCUCACAGUUUCAGAGGAUGCUUUCAUUGCUAAGACUUUUGGAAUGUGGCCAGAGUGGGUCUCCUGAGUCUGCUCCUCCUGAACUGAAGCACUGUGUUCUCUUUACACUACAAUACUAUACUAGCUUGAGCUCGAUGAUAACCGAUGUAAUGAUGCUCAUCGUGAUUUCAUUCUACAUGAUUGUACAUGUAGAUACCAGAUUUUAGUCAUGAUUGCAGUUGAGACCAGUCUAGUUAGUAGUGCUAGACCUGUACUGCUGUAGUCUUGUCCACCACCCUGUCCCAUCAUGCAGAGAUUAUUAAUGUUUUCGAGGUGGGCUACGUCUCAAACUAGCUGUGCAAUAUCUUCAAAUUUAUGUCAUUUAUACAAUGUAAUACAAUGAAAUACUACAUGUCCUAAUUGAAGGCUAAUUCUCUACAUGUACUUGUUUGAAGUAGAUGUGCACGCCAUCUAGCUAAGUUAUACUGACCUAUACCCGCUGUACCACACCAACAUUGAAAUGACGUGCUAUUC